UAGUGUCACUAGGUAACAAGUUGAAAAAGAAAGUGUUGUAUUUUAUGAUUUAUGGCGCGAAGUGAGGAAAAGUUCUGAAAUAUUUUGUUUAUACGAUUGACAUUUGACAAGAAACAGUAGCUUGUCUUGUUCGGAGAAGAAAACUUUAGGGCAAAGGGUCAAAGCCCUGAACGGAGCCUACUAUAGAUGAUUUGAUUACUGUGUUUACGGUCGCUUUGCCAACAAUCUUUGAUCUUUGACGCUAAAAAGAGUUAGAAAGUCAUCGAAAAUGAAGGAAGGUAAGGUCUAUCCAACACGGAGAAAGCCAAAUAAUAAUGAAAACGACAGAGAAAGCGUUGAAUUGACUGUAGUUAAGCCAGCGAAACUUGUUAAACCAUCAGUGAACACAGACCGAAGCUCGCUGGUCGCAGCAUGGGAUGUUCUUCACCGACAGAAUAACGCGUUGUCAAUCUGGAAGCAUUACGUGUGCACGAAACGAGAAAACCGUAUUAAUGCUGGGAAACGUCGACGCUCUGACAAGCGGGUUCGAAUUUAUGAAAACUUAAAAGUACCAUUACCUUUUCUCGACAGUGACAUUGAAGAAGGGGUGAAUAGUUCGGAGGUGGGCAAUGACGCCGAGAUUUCUGGUACAAGUCGACAGACUGGUCAAACCGCAGGCAAUAGAGCAUUACUUAUUUAUUUUGCUAAGCUAGCCAAAGCUGAUCCAGAAGCUCCAACCACUGUAGUCGAUUUCGACUUUGUGGAUUCACUUCUGCAGAGUGGUGCGGAUGUGAAUGUAUGUGACCGUUAUGGCCAGACGAUUUUUCAUGAAGCUAGUAGGGCGUGGCAUUGUGAUGUUGCCCUUUUUCUGUUGGAGAAGGGUGCCGACAUCAACAAAGCAGACAAGUACGGGCGGACGGCUAUGCACGUUGCAGCAGCCGUAGAUUAUGCGGAAAUGAUAAAGUUCUUGGUUGACAAUGGAGCAUCACUGAGUGCUUGCACAUAUGGAGAAUGUCAAACACCGAUACAUUAUGCUGCAAAGAAUGAUGCUGAUAGUGCAUUGCAAGAGCUGAUUAAUCUUGGUGCUGAUGUAAAUUGCAGAGAUUAUAAACAAAGAACUCCGUUGCACGUGGCUGCUGAACUAGAUCGUUCAGAAACAGCCAAACUGCUUAUAUCCCUUGACGUUCCUGCUGGUGUCUGCGAUGAAAAUGGGGUAACAGCAAUGUCGCUAAUGGUUGCAAAAAUGCCACCGGUUGCUAAGGAAGCUUUGGAGCAGUUUCACAGCAUGGAUCGAGCCAACCGCAAGCAGUACUAUUACCUCAACCAACUUGAACCUGGUAAACCAGGUGAAAAAGAAAACAUUUUAGCGAAAACCCCUUUGGAAGAGGCAGUCAGGUUCAAACAGAUGGAUCUAAUAAUGCAUCCAGUGUUUAAACGACUUAUUCAAGUGAAAUGGGAAUGUUUCGGCAAAACAGGAUCAAUUAUCCAAGUGUUUGUGCAACUUCUGUAUUGCUUGCUUUGGACGGUUCUUGGCAUAACUCUUCCUCGAACCGCAGCGACAACAUAUAGUUAUUAUGACCCUCCAAGCAAAUACUGGUGGAGGAUUGUGCUGGAGUCCUUAGCUGUCAGUAUAACAGCCUUGUUCAUUUGCCAGGAAAUUGCUGAGGUACGUAAUUCCAGAAGACAACAUGAAAAAUGGAAGACUUGGAGAAUCGGGGAACUGAAUCGUGACUUGAAGUAUUGUCACCCUCGCUGGCCGGAGGAAUGCAAAUAUAUUGAGAUGGAGAUUGAGAGCAUUUCAUCCCAAGGAAUAUCGUAUUUUCAGAGUUAUUGGAACUACUUUGAUUGGGUCACCUAUCUCGGAAUAAUUUGCGUCAUUUUGACACGUGUUUUGUCUGUGGCAAUUGACAAUAAUGCUGCCAACGAGCUUCAUCCGAAGGUCAUGUCAAUUGCUUUGAUAUUAAUUUGGUUACGUUUGAUGAAAGUAUUCCGUGCCUUCGAAGCCUUGGGUCCGUUCAUCGUCAUGAUAGGUCAUCUGAUCAAAGAUACUCUAAUAUUUGGCUUUCUCUACAUAAUGUUCUACAUUCCCUUCAUCUGCGCGUUCUGGAUCAAUUUUGGUGGAGACGAGAACGCGGAAAAGAUGCGAAAAGCGGGUCAGGAUUCAGAAGGCUGGAGAACAUUUAAUAACCUCAUGUAUUCCGUGUGGGAAAUAACAGUCGUGGGAAACUAUCCCUGGGAUUCCUUGUUGGUCAUAGACCGAACUAUGGCGCAGAUUUUAUGCGGAACCUACCUGGCGGUUUCUGCCAUUGUGUGUCUGAAUCUGUUCAUAGCUCUCAUGUCAGACACGUUUCAGAGGGUCUACGAUAACGCGAAUGCUAAUGCGGUCAUGCAGAAAGCGAGCACAAUUCUUUCUCUCGAAACUGACAUGGCUGGGAGACGGAGAGAUUUGUUUAUGAAGCAUAUACACACAAAAUGCGCUCCCGAGGAGAUGUAUUAUGACGAUGACUCCGUCGAGCCACAAUCUGGGGAACUGGAAAAGCUUACUCAUCAAAUCAAUGAUAAAGUCUUGGAAGUUGAAGAAUUAGUGAAAACAUCUUUAGAGGAAAGAAAAGGGGAAACUAGUAAAAAUAAAGAGUCUGUUGACAGUUUACGUGAUAAUUUGGUGCAAAUCAUUGAAAGGCAAAACUAUGAAAUGACCGCCAUGAAGAGGGAACUUAGUGACAUCAAACGUCUUCUGACACAAACUAUAGUUCAAAGACAGGUGCAGACUGCAGCUCCUAUUACACCACCUUCCACUAAUAACAUUCCAGCUCCUGACUUCACUAGAAGAUCAGCGACCAGUAAACCCAACAAGCAUCGUGGGAAGUCUCCGAAGAAAGAACCACAAGAUCACAUGCACCAAGAGUCGAACGAGACAAUCCGAACUGAACACGAACCUGGUCGAAGCUCUUCAUUACCUCAACUAGAUUCCAGGCAUGCCGGCACUUCGUCUCUACCGGGGAUUGAUAUACGGAGACAAAAACCUCCAACACGAGAUAUAGCCCUCGUUGCACCUCGACUAGACCAGGGGACGAAUGGGUCGCAAUGUUAAAACUUUAUUAACGUUAGAAAAAAGUAAUAUUUGUAUAUUUUGGGUGUGAAUAAUAUGUGAGUGUAGAUAAUAACGUUGUAAACUAGAUUUUUAUAAACAAAAAUAACACCAUG